AUCGAAUCCUCCGCCAUGGUGGCGCAUGGGUUCCGCUUCAUGCUCGGGCGCGUCGCGGGCCCGAAGAAGGCCAAGGGCCGCCAGAAGAAAGGCAGUCGCCACGCAGGCCUAUUUACCUGCCUCCAGACCCCGUCGUCCGUCUCACACGCGUUCAUCGAGAUCGCGACCGGCGUGAUCCAGCAGCAACAUGAUGCCGACAUUCGGCUGCGCGCUAGCAGCGCCAGCAGCAGUAACAACAACAGCAACAACAAGAGUCCGAGUAGCAACGACGGUAGCGACAAGGCGCCAACGUACCCGCUUCUUCAGCCCGACGUCCUUGACAGUCUCGAGUGCGCGCUCUUCAUGGACGUCGAGGCCACGUCCGCCACAGCAGCCAAACAUCCGCGAGCAACGAUUGGCGAGCUCUCCAAGCUGCUUUUGCAGCUCUGGGACAUCCUCCUCGCGUCCUGCAUUCCGUGGUCGACUGCGGCGCUCCAAGAAACCAUCGGCUUCAACGACCAGCUCAAGCGGCAGAAGGCCGAGUCGCUCAUGUUCAAGCUCAUGGAGCGGCGCGAGUUUGCCAAAGUCUACGAAGCGUACGUGGCCGUGACGGAGGACACGAUCGAGCGCUGGAGCAAGGCCGACGUGUCGAGCCAGCGGUCACACCCACCAUUCCGCAAGUCGUCGACGUGGGUCUCCAAGCGCCGCCAGACGUCGUCGGACCCUGACGUCGACGCUGUCUACGCAUAUGAAGCCCCGCCACUCGCGAAAGACCCGGUGCAGCUUCUCGAGCGGUACAUAAAUCUCUCGACGCGCACGCUGGUGUACGCAGCGGCGCUGGUCCAAGUGCACCGGCCUUUCUUUGUCGACGUGCUGGCCGUGCUCUACUGCCGACUCCCGUCGCUACAGAGGCUCGUGCUCGACCUCUUUGACCGCUUUGGCUUUAGCGGGACGCCACCACGCAAGCCUCGAUUUUUGGCACGGGCCAAAAGCUUUUUCCAGGAAGACAACUCGGCGUUCUACGGCUGGGACCGGUUCCUCGACGAUGUCGCGCUCGAGACCAUUGAAACACACGCGCUAGCUGCGCUCGACGUUAUCCUCGAGACUCCGCCAGAGGACGCAUCUGCGCCGUACUCGGAGUCGGACAUCUUUAUGGACGACCACGCGAGGUCGUUUGACGGCGAGGACAGAAGCGACGGCGACAACAAUUGCAUUGACUCGAGUCUGUGCCUCGACCUCUUUCUGAGUCUUUGGAUGGCAACGACCGAGCACAUUCAGCGCACGAGUCGAGGGCACAUUCCGUGGGCCGACGUUCCUCCGUUCGCGGCGCUCCAGCGCCGCGCGGCCAACCUCUUUGAAAAGAGCUUUGCGUACCAAACGUUCGACUGCGACGAAGACACGAACGGGCUCCGCUUCCACUUGAUUUCGACGCGCAAGGCCAAGCUCGAUCGGCGACUGCCCUUUGACGUCAAGCACCCACGUGUCGUCUUCUCCACGAUCGAAGCCAUCGUCAUGCUCACGCAGCAGUCAUUCGCACCGUAUAUGGCCGCCAUGUACGAGCACUUGAACUGCUUCUACGUCCGGUCGGCGGUCCCGAGCCUCGCGCUCCUCGAGCAGUGGAUCACGCACGCGCCAACGGCUUGCAUCGACAAUGACGCGACCCAAGCCCUCUUGCGCAAGUUCAUCGUCACGCUUCUUUCGUCCGACCGCAUGGAUCGACUCAAGGCCAUCCAAGUCUUUCUCCUGCACUGCAUUGGCCACUUUGCCGUUCCGCUCCAAAAGCACGUAUUGAGUUUGCUCGUCGACGCGUUCCCGAGGCUCUUUGGUCACUGGUCCCGCGACGUCCGGUUCUGCUACCAUCUCUUGCUCAUCUACAUCUUUGGCGACCGGCGGCAGCUCGGCGCGCACUCGGACAGUAUCCUCCUCGGGCUCGACGAGAGCGGCAGCACGCACGUCGAGUAUGAACCGUUUGACCAUCUUCUCCUCGAGACGCUGCGCGCGAGCAAGGCGCCACCGCUCGCGUACGAGCGCGCGUCGUUCACCGAGUACAUUGCGCAGCUCGAGAUGUACUACAGCAUUGCCGCGACGCUGCCAAAGGACGAAGCAGUCGCGAUUCCACGCAUUCGAAUCCAACAGGCGCACCGUGGGUAGGGUAUAGUUAGUCCUUGUACGAUUGUAGUACACACAUUAGUCAUUGC